CAGACGGCUGUAGAGUUUAGUAGUUCGUGUCAUGCGUUUUGGAUUAGGAGAGCACUCAUGGACUCCAAGGGAACUAGUUGGCUGAAAAAAGAGAAGAAUGAAGUAUAUGCUGAACCAGGCUCCUUGGUUCAGUUACACACAUCUACCAUUAAAGUAAAAGAAGAAUUGGAUGAGCAAGUGAACCAACAGUUUCUUCAAGAUCCACCAAGGAUUGUAAUGCCUAGUCUUCGUAUAAAGCAAGACCUAGAACUGAAACGGGAUUUAGAUGGCAUUGAGCAUGAUUGUCUUGAAGAUAAUUCGGUAAUCUCUCGGCCAAAUGAUUUUAUCAAGGAGGAUCCUGAACUAAAUUUGGAGGUGGCAGCCUCAAUAAGAAAUGCAUCUGAUAGUUUAAGUUUCAUUCAAUGUGCUGGUGACAGCUGUAACGUUUCGUAUCAAGAAGCAUUACAUCAAGGACUAGUCGAUGACGAUCUGGAGAUAGAUACAGAGAUGUCAACAGAUGUCAGUAUGUCUCAUAACUAUACCACGUUACGGACUUCACAAGAAGACAGCUUAUGUUGCACGAGUUUAAGUUGUAGCAUCAGGGAAAAGGAAUUCCAUAAGUUUAACUGUAGUUUCUGCCUACAGAGCUUCCCUUCAAAAUACAGACUCAUAAUGCAUAUCUUCAUCCACAUUGAUGGUGUGCAGGCACCUGCAUAUGUGUGCAAGUCAUGUGGUGAGGUAUUGCCCACUGAUGACAGCUUGAAAGAACAUUUGAGAAUGAGUGAGGGUGACCAAGCAUUAUCAGCUGCCAACAGUGAGAAACUUCAAUGCAGUGAUGACCAUGAAAACAAGAUCUCUUUAGAAAGUGUACGAGAAGAAAUCGUGGAACAGACUGAGAAGCAAUCUUCAUCCAAGGAAACCAGGAAAACUUUAAGAAAAUCCUUUAGUGACAUAUGCAAUACACAUACUGUGACACAAGUUGCAGAGAAACUCGGAUGUGAUGACUAUGGAAUUUCGUGUACAAGUGAUCAUGUUAAUGUCCACACUGUGCUAAGUGCAAAGAGACAUCACAAAUGUGAUGUUUCUGGUAAAUUGUUUACUCGUUCGGGCAAUCUCAAGACACGACUGGUCGUCGGGACUGUCGAAGUAGCAGCGAGCAUCGUGCACGGACUGCACGAUACUGAAUGGGACGUCAUGGCAAAAGUCGAACGAGUUGACAGCCAUCCAGGCCAGCAGGCAGAGGUUGAUGUUCGCCCUCUUCGUGUUGGCCAGGUAGCUGGUGACGGGUAUGUGGGGCGACCUCUGCAGCAUGUCGCCCACAGCUGCUCGCGGACUGUAAGCGCUGCUGGAUGGUCUCCAGUGGAAGGUCAUCCAGUGGACAAGUGGGGUGGUCCAGGACAUCAGCCAACAGCUGCAGGCAGUCAGUGUCCACGUUGA